AUGUCCAACUCCAACAUCACCCUAUACAGCUGGCCCACGCCAAACGGCAUCAAAGCCUCCAUUACCCUCGAAGAGCUCGGUCUAGCCUACAAGACUGUGCCAAUUGACAUCAGCACCAACAUCCAAAAAGAGGAUCGCAGCUGGUUCCUGAAAAUCAAUCCUAAUGGCCGAAUCCCUGCAAUCACCGAUGGCUCACAGCGCGUCUUCGAGAGCGGGUCAGUGAUGCUUUACCUAGCUGACAAAUAUGAUACCGAUCGAAAGAUCAGCUAUGCGCCCGGAACACCCGAAUACAUCGAGCAGCUAUCCUGGAUCAUGUUCCAAAUGGGUGGCCUUGGACCUAUGCAAGGCCAAGCAAACCACUUCCGCCUCUUUGCCGGCGCUCGCUCCGAUUACGGAAUCAAGCGUUAUAUCGAGGAGACGAAGCGCCUCUACUCUGUUCUCGAGAUUCGCCUGAAGGAAAGUCCGUAUUUAGCCGGCGAUAAGUAUACCAUUGCGGAUAUUGCGAAUUUCUCGUGGGUUCGUUCUGGCCCCGAUGCGCUUGAGAUUGAUCUUGCGGAGUUCCCGGCUGUGCGCAAAUGGGUUGAGAAUAUCGCAAAGAGAAGCGCGGUGCUGAAGGGAGCUUCUAUUCCGGAUACUGGCCGUACGGAUGCAGAGAGGAGUGAGGGUUUCAAGAAAUCACGAGCCAGAGUUGAUGCAAUGACGAAUUCUGAUCAGCAUUAA